UUCGACUUUGCGCUCUAUCGCCGUAGUCCGUAGAUAAAAUGAACGGACAAGGUCGUCAAAUCAAAAUGAUCAUCAAACAUCGGGCGCGUAAAGAAUGAAUCGGACAAUUUUCUAAGUGUCGCAUCUAAAUUUUCAGUGACAACCGUAAAGGAAAAUCAGUGGAAAAUGAGGUUGACAGCCAGACAUUUCCAAAGCAUCAGCAAGAUGUUGGAUUUCUAUUCCCAGUUCAACCCCUCACCCUUGUCGAUUAAAAAAUUCAUAGAUUUCGGCCUCAGCGCUUCCGAGGAGAAGUCCUACGUAUUCCUGCGCAAAGAGCUGCCUGUCCGCCUGGCCAACAUAAUGAAGGAGAUAGCCCUCCUGCCGGAGAACCUGCUGAGGAUGCCGUCCGUGAUCGCGGUGAACGAUUGGUACAUGAGGAGUUUUCAGGAGAUCAUCGAGUUCGAGAAGACGGACAUGAGCCCCAAGACGCUGGAAUAUUUCUGCAGCAACCUGGUGAAGAUAAGAAACAGGCAUUCGGACGUGAUCGAAACGAUGGCGCAGGGCGUCCUGGAGCUGAAGGAGUCCCACGACGUGGACCACCACAUGGAGAACAGCAUCCAGUAUUUCCUGGAUAGGUUUUACAUGUCUCGGAUCUCCAUCAGGAUGCUCAUCAAUCAACAUACUUUGCUUUUCGGAGGUCAGUUAGAGAACGCCCCAGGCCCCAAAGGGAACCAAUACAUAGGCUGCAUAGAUCCCCAAUGCGAUAUAGUGAGCGUAAUCAAAGAUGCCUAUGAGAAUGCCAGGUUCCUCUGUGACCAGUACUAUCUAGAUUCACCGGACUUGAUCAUCAAAGAAUCGACGCAUCACGAUCUGGAACCGGAACACGGCAUCAAGAUGGUCUAUGUUCCAUCGCAUUUAUACUACAUGCUCUUCGAACUGUUCAAGAACUCCAUGAGGGCCGUGAUGGAGUACAAUUCCUGCGUUGAUAAGUACCCACCGAUAACCGUGACAGUUUCCAAGGGAAAAGAAGACAUCUGCCUGAAGAUGUCUGACAAAGGAGGGGGACUUCCAAGAUCUUCGAUGGAACAUCUUUUCAAGUACAUGUAUUCGACGGCGCCCCAACCCAGCAAAGCCGAUGCUCACACAGUUCCUCUAGCAGGUUACGGUUGCGGAUUGCCCAUAUCCAGACUGUACGCCAGAUAUUUCCACGGUGACAUAGUCCUAUUAACCUGCGAAGGAGACGGAACAGAUGCAGUUGUAUACAUGAAGGCGCUAUCGAACGAGGCAAACGAACUACUGCCUAUCUUCAAUAAGUCGGCAUCGAAAUUCUACAGGACGUCGCCACCUACCGGCGACUGGUCGAACCAGUCCGUCAUCCACAUGACAGGUCAACGACAGAUGUGUGUCAACCAGAAGAAACAUCAACUGCCGCAGAGUUGUCAAGAGAGCAUCACCGGAUCAGAUCGUACUGGAAGUAACUAUUUAACUGGACGUACUGAUUAACAAACAUAUUAAAUACAGUGUAAGUUGGAAUUGCUGUAUCGGAUAAGUUAUGGAACAGAAAACACGUUGAUUACUUGAAAAUGAACAUCGUUUUAAAGUGUAAAUUCCUCAAGUAUUACUAUGAUCUAUUUCUUGAAGAGAGAAUAAACUAAGCCAAAAUAUAUCUGUGUGACUUUUUUUGCACAUAAAUUGUUGAAGGAUUUACAGGUUGUAAAUAUUUCAUAUUAAUUUAUAAGUGUGAAGGAGUGAAUAUAGCAAUAUUAGAUUC